ACGACUCACAAUGGAAAACUAUUUCGUUUUACUGCUAAUUCUUUUGGCUGUACCUUGGUCCUUUCAAGCCACCCCCAAGCUUAAGCCAACCAAGGCUGCCAUUAUAGACUUGAAGAACAAAACUGAAGUAGUACCGUCAAGUAGCAUGCCCAUUGCCAAUGUCACAGCCUUGCACGAGAAGUUGGCAGAAGUCCACAUUGAUCAGCACAAAACCAUUCGCAUUAGCAAAGGAGAUCUGGAUGAUCUAUUGGACGUUUAUAUGGGUAAAAUAGCAGAGAGUGCAGCCACCAUCAAGGACAGAGAAAAUGAAAUAAACAAGCUUCAAACCAAGGAACACACUGACGACGAUCUACUGAAGAGAUUUGAGAAUCUCACAGAGAUUUGUAAUGCUCAAAAUGCUACAUAUACAGCCAAACUGAAGGAAAAGGCGGAUCAAAUCAAGGAACUCGAGCAGAAGGUCAAGGUCUACGAGACCAGAUUGAAGAGGAAACAGCACGUGUUGACUGAUUUAAGAAAACAGAACACCUCCAGUGCGGCAUUGAUCGAUCAUCUGAGAGCCAAAGUCGUAUAUUUUGAAGGGUUCCUGCCCUUUCUGGUGUCCUGUGAGGGUCUCACGACCGCCGGUCCUGGAUGGAUGGCUAUUCAGCGUCGACUGGAUGGCUCUGUGAACUUCUAUCGCAACUGGGAUCAGUACAGGAAAGGGUUUGGCAAGCUCAACGGGGAGUUCUUUAUUGGCCUCGAAAAACUGCACCGCCUGACCAGCUCCCAGCCUCAUGAGCUCUACAUAAGCUUCAGGAGAUUCAAUGGAGAGUCAAGCUAUGCUCACUACGAUGACUUUGUUAUUGGCAGCGAGGAGGAAGGCUACGAAUUGAAAUUGCUCGGCCAUUAUCAAGGAAAUUCCAGCGACGCGUUACGCACCCAUGACAAGAUGAAAUUCUCAACCUUCGAUAGGGAUAACGAUGAAUUUACGCAUAUGAAUUGCGCCGAGUAUCACCACGGAGCCUGGUGGUACGACUUCUGUUCGCGAAGCAAUUUGAAUGGCAAGUACUUCAAGGCCGAGGUGGACAAUGUCCAGGGCAUUUUCUGGGAGCAAUGGUAUAGCUUCAGAUCUCUGAGAUCCGUACAGAUGCUAAUCCGUCCAAAGAGCCAAAUGGAGCUGAACGAUUUACCGAGGACCAAGCGUACUGUACCCCUAAAAAUUCAUUAAAAUGAAUCCCUCCAUCAGCUCAACACACACAAAUGCUCAUUAUUUUUAAUAAUUUAUGCGUAUUAUGUUUGUUUCUAGAGGCUUUAAGAGCACUGUGAAACCAGAUAAAUCUCAAUACGAAGCCGAGCGCCAAACGCCGAACCCCAUUCGUCUUUGUUAUUUACUCUUCCGACACCCGCCGCCCGCCGCCCGCCGCCCGCCACCAUUCGACAGUUGAUUAGCUUUCGAUUUUUCGCCCUCUCCUCUCCCGGGUACAAUAAUUACUUCGUUACAGUUCACUGCAGUUCGCUGCUCUAGACAUUUGUUUAUUCGCGCACAAGUGAUUAGUGCAAUUAAUUCUCAUUUUCAUUUUCAUUUUCAUUUGUGCUCGCAUUUCGUUCGCUGUUGCAACAAUUUAAUGAAAUCUAAUUGAGCUCUGACUCUGGUCUUGAAGUGCUUCUAUGGGCCUGGUCUGGACUGCCCCCACCAUUUGUCACUUGCACUUUUAUUGCCGAGGGACCGCUGUGGGAGUGGAGAAACUCAAUUGGAGUAAAUAAAGGCUUGACAAAUUAGCCAAAGUCGAGGCAUAAAAUAUAAAUGAAUAUCGAUGCGACGGAGGAUUUAUGGUCUGAGAAGAACAAUGUUUAUUUAAAUUGAGUUUAUUCCAGUUUCAUACAGAAUC